AUGGAUAAAAUAGAAGAAAUUCUUUCUGAACCAAUCCAAACUGUACUUGUGUUUUUUGUCAAUGGGAAGAAGGUCAUAGAAACGACUCCGGAUCCAGAAUGGACUUUGCUCUGGUACUUGCGCAAAAAGCUUCAUUUAACUGGUACAAAGUAUGGUUGCGGAGAAGGCGGUUGCGGUGCUUGUACUGUGAUGGUAUCUCAGUAUAGAAAGGAAGGUCAAAUCAAUCAUAUUGCUGUCAACGCUUGUUUAACGCCAGUAUGCGCCAUGCAUGGACUCGCUGUUACUACGAUCGAAGGAAUCGGUUCCACACAAGAGAGACUUCACCCCGUUCAAGAAAGAAUAGCUAAAUUUCAUGGAUCACAAUGCGGGUUUUGUACUCCAGGCAUUGUUAUGUCCAUGUAUGCUUUGUUAAGAAAUAAAAACAAAAUAAACUAUAAUGAUAUAGAGACAGCUCUGCAAGGAAAUCUUUGCAGGUGUACUGGAUAUAGACCUAUAAUAGAUAGCUUUAAAACUUUUAUGGAAGAUUGGGAGCAACACUAUGUAAAGGAUGAACAGAAUACCUUGUGUGCCAUGGGUGAAAAUUGUUGUAAGUUAAAAAUAAAUACCAGUGCUGAAGAGUCCAGUUUAAGUAACACAUCAGAAUUCAUACCUUAUAGCCCUACACAAGAACCUAUAUUCCCUCCAGAGUUAAAACUAAAAGCAGAAUUUUAUAAUUACAAUUUAUUAUAUAAAGGUAAAAAUGUUACGUGGAUAAGACCUACCACACUAGAAAAUCUUCUUAUGUUGAAAAAAGAAUGUCCAUUCAGUAAAAUUGUUGCGGGCAAUACAGAAGUAGGAAUCGAAGUUAAGUUCAAGAAUAGGAAAUAUCCAAUAUUAAUAUCUCCGAUGUUAAUAACAGAUAUGAAUAACUGUCUGAUCACAGAGACUGGUAUUAAAAUUGGAGCAUCAGUUACUUUAACGGACACAAGUAAAUUUUUAAAUACCGCGAUUGAAAAAAAUGCAGAUAGCACCAAAGUAGCAAAUGCAAUAAAAGAAAUGCUCCAUUGGUUUGCUGGAAGUCAAAUUCGGAAUGUUGCUACCAUAGUAGGCAAUGUGAUAACGGCAAGCCCUAUAUCUGAUUUAAACCCGAUUCUAUUCGCAAGUUCUUCUAAAUUAAACGUUUGCAGUUCGUCAAAAGGGCAUAGAGCAAUAUUUAUUGAUAGCGAUUUUUUUAAAGAUUACCGUAAAGUGGCCCUCGAAGGUGACGAAGUUGUAACCUCCAUUGAAAUUCCUUUUACAAAAGACAGGCAAUUCUUUAAAGCAUAUAAACAAGCUAGAAGAAGAGACGACGACAUAUCUAUUGUUACUGCAGCAUUUAACGUUAUAUUUGAAGAACAAUGUAAUAUAGUUAAAGAAGCAAAGCUUUGUUUUGGAGGGAUGGCACCAACAACUAUUUGUGCGAAAAAGGCUUCUAAUAAUAUUUUAGGACUUAAAUGGAACGAAAAAUUAUUAAAAAUUGUUUACGAUUCACUUACACAAGAACUUGAUUUAGAUUGCUCUACACCAGGAGGAAUGGCUGAGUACCGUAAAUCAUUGUGUCUAAGCUUGUUUUUCAGAUUUUACCUUUUUGUUAGUCAAAAACUCAAUAUAAAUGGCCACAUGGUCUUGGAUAAUCAAAUUUCUGCUGCUCAAGAAAUAAGUUCUAUAGUUCCAAAAAGUUCUCAAUGUUUCCAGCUGAAGAAAAAUGCUAAAGAUUCUUAUGAUUCCGUUGGUCAACCAAUACCUCAUUCUUCAGCACUGAAGCAAGCCGCAGGUGAAGCUAUUUAUUGUGAUGAUAUUCCAGUUGUUGAAGGUGAACUAUAUUUAACCUUGAUUUUCAGUACCGAAUCACACGCAAAAAUAAAAUCUAUUGACGCUACCAAAGCCUUAUUACAACCGGACGUUGUUUCUUUUAUUUCUGCUGUUGAUUUACACAAAGAAUGUAAUAAAAUGGGUCCUAUAAUAAAGGAUGAAGAAAUAUUUUCGUCUCAAAUUGUUACUAGUCGAGCUUGCGUUAUAGGAGCAAUUAUAGCUAAAUCUGAAAACGCGGCAAAAAAAGCAAAACAGUUGGUUUCCGUUACUUAUGAGCCUCUUAAACCAGUAAUAAUUACUAUUGAAGACGCAAUAACAAAUCAGUCUUUUUUCUAUGGAUAUCCUAAAAAAUUAGACAAAGGUAAUGUUAAGGAAGCAUUUAAGAAGGCAAAUCACGUUAAAGAAGGAUAUAUUAGGAGUGGAGCACAAGAACAUUUUUAUUUGGAAACAAUGUCGGCUUUUGCAAUAAGGAGAGAAGAUGAAUUGGAAAUUAUUACAACUACGCAAAAUCCAGCAGAAAUAGCCAAUAUAGCAUCAGAAUCUCUUCGUAUACCUAAACAUAAAGUUGUUGUUAAAGUUAAGAGGGUUGGUGGUGGUUUUGGAGGCAAAGAAACUAGAGCAACUGUAUUAGCCAUACCUGUUGCAGUAGCUGCUUAUAAACUAAAGAAACCAAUUAGGGCUGUUUUAGAUAGAGACGAAGACAUGCAAGUUUCAGGUUACAGACAUCCAUUUUUAACAAAAUAUGAAGUCGCCUUUGAUGAGAAAGGUAAAAUUAUAGGUGCGGUGUUUAACAUUUAUGCAAAUGCUGGAAAUUCUAUGGAUAUAUCUUGUUCUAUGAUUGAUAGAGCAAUGAAACACUUAGACAAUUGUUAUUUUAUUCCGAAUAUUGAAGUUAAUGCCUACUUAUGUAAGACCAAUUUACCGUCAAAUACAGCUUUUCGAGGAUUUGGUGCACCAAAAGCAAUGCUUGCAGCCGAGUGUAUGAUAAGAGACAUAGCUGCAACCUUAAAUAAAGAUUACGAAGAAAUAAUCGAAACAAAUCUUUAUCAGGAAGGACACUUUACACACUUUAAUCAGCAACUAACUUAUUGCACUUUACAUAGAUGCUGGAAUGAAUGCUUAGAAACAUCUAAUUAUUGGUCUAGAAAAGCGGCGGUAAAAGAGUUUAAUAGGUGUAAUAGGUGGAAAAAGAAGGGAAUUUCGUUAGUUCCAACUAAAUACGGUAUUUCUUUCCAAAGUGACGUCUUAAUGCAAGCAGGGGCCUUACUUAUGAUAUACAAUGACGGAUCAGUUCUUUUAUCUAUUGGAGGCAUUGAAAUGGGCCAAGGACUGUACACGAAAAUGAUGCAAGUUGCGUCAACAGCUCUUUCUAUAAAUAUUAAUAAAAUAUAUAUUAGUGAAAUGGCUACUGACAAAGUGCCAAAUAGUUCACCAACAGCUGCUAGUAUAAGCUCUGACUUAUACGGCAUGGCAGUUCUCAAUGCUUGUCGGACACUAUUGCAAAGAUUAGCUCCAUAUAAGAAUAAAAACCCUAAUAGCAAUUGGGAGGAUUGGGUGUCAGCUGCUUAUCUUGACAGAGUAAAUUUAUCAACGACCGGUUUUUACGCAGCUCCUAAGAUAAAAUAUGAUUCAAAAACUAAUUCUGGUGAUUUAUAUGAAUAUUUCACUUAUGGGGUUGCCUGCUCGGAAGUUUUGAUCGAUUGUUUAACCGGUGAUCAUCAAGUAUUAAGAACAGAUAUAGUGAUGGAUGUCGGUGAAAGCUUGAACCCUGCAAUUGAUAUUGGUCAAAUUGAAGGAGCUUUUAUGCAGGGUUAUGGAUUUUUUACCAUGGAAGAAAUGUUAUUUGCACCUAAUGGAGAAGUAUUAACUCGGGGUCCUGGAACAUAUAAAAUACCUGGAUUUUCUGAUAUACCUAAGGAAUUUAAUGUUUCUUUGCUGAAAGGUGCUCCUAACCCAAGAGCAGUUUAUUCAUCUAAGGCGGUUGGCGAGCCACCUCUAUUCUUAGCUGCUUCCGUUUUCUUUGCUCUUAAAGAAGCAAUUAAAUCAGCAAGAUCAGAGUGUGGCGCAAGUUCAGAAUUUACAUUAGAAGCACCAGCUACAUGUGCGCGAAUCAGAAUGGCUUGCGAAGACCACAUAACGAAACAGGUCAAACCAACCAUUAAGACAGGUGGCCAACCUUGGAAUGUCACAGUGUAA